AUGGCGUCAAUGAUACCGCGUCGUCGUUUCGUCACAGAGAACGACAACGACGCUUGCUGUCACAACAACGAAGAGGACGAAAUAAGGCCGUUGCCGACGACGAUACAAGGCAGUGUGGAGCGAGAAUUUGCAUCGAGCUUACAGUUAGAGCAGCCUAUAUAUAUGCAAUUCGAUUCUUUCGAACAACGAUUGACCACUUUUGAUCAGUGGUUGCGCAACGCAUUGCCGUCGCGACGGCAUCAUCGAGAUUUAGCGUGGGUCGGUUUCUUUUACACCGGUAUCUUCGAUUUAAUGAUGUGCUACAGUUGCGGAAUCGUAUUGAAAAAUUGGUAUAGCAGUAACGAGAGAGAUGUGACCAUAACAGAUGACACAUUUGAUCCGUGGCGGGAACAUUUGUACUGGAGUCGAGAAUGUUCCUGGGCCAAAGUUGUAUGCCGUGCUCAUUUUCUCAACGAGGAUACCGCUGAGCCCGAAUCAGAGAAAGCUGCUUCUCUAAUUCCGGCACCGAGAAGACCGAUCAGGUUCGAUCGUGGUGAUGAUAGUGGUGAUGGUGUCAAUGGCAUUCUUGGCAUGGAGGAGAACAAAUGUACCAGCGUGGGCGAGACCGCUCAAAAGCGUUCCAGCGUCGACGAGAACGAAUGCGGUCUCAAUUUGCGGCGAUUUACUGCUUACGAUAAUCAGCGACGACGAGGCGACUUCGAUGAGCGCAUAGCCGAUCGAAUGUUAAUGGGUUACAUACCGGUGGCUACUCGUUCAAUUGACACAAAUGACACGGUUGGCGUUAUAACUCUUUCGGACCGUUUGAAUGAUCUACGCCUAGCCACGCAGCGCGACAUAAAAGAAAACUCAGAGUGUAAACACGAGUGUAUCAUAUGUUACGAAUAUGAACGGAACGUUUUGUUUUUACCUUGCCAACAUACAUUAUCGUGUACGUACUGUAGCGAAAAUCUGACUGAAUGUCCUGUUUCAAUGAAUUCGUCGAAGAGUUCGAGCAGUGACAGCGAUUGGGACUAG